AUGAGUGGCGACCAGGGAGAAAUGUUCUUUCCUGAGUACUGGCAAUUCGAAGCAGAGAUCAAUAGCGAGUCGAAGCUUGCGUUGGACAGAAGGAGACCUAUACCACGCUCUUUGGGACCUCUGGAAGAUGAACCAACCUUCAAGGAUUGGGUUAACGCAUCCCUACCACAACCACUGCAAGCUCCCUUCUCUCUCCAUACUAGUCACCAACUCAACUCCCGGCCUCUCUUUAGCCGUCUGCUUCGAUCCCCUAGGGAUAUCUUCGCCCUCGAUACUCGCGCUUUUGCUUGUCCUGGCGGCGUUGUUGGCACUACAUUGACCUCAACAAUCGAGCCUACGGUAACCGAGUCUCCCGCAAGCUCUUCUAUAUCGUCUACGUCCAGCUCCUCAACCACGCCCGAUCUCAUUCCCGCCGGUGGCGCGACUGGAACUGCGAAGGUCGCAAAGGAUAAUGGUGCAGAAAGAGCAGAUGUGAGGAGCUGGGUGGCUAUUGGGCUCCUUGGUCUGGUAGCAUUGAUCGUGUCAUAA